AACAACUCAGGUAAAUAGGGGUUAACAAAGAGAAUAUUUCAGUUCCAUAACAACACUUAAGUGAAAUGGAUACCAAAAGGCAGGAGAUGAGUCCGAGAAAAAGCCGUUUAAACCCAAUUAAAGAUGUUACAUUUAAAUUUUUAGUUAUUGGAGAUUACGGAGUCGGUAAAACUGCAGUGGUGAAAAUGUACACUGAAGGAAAAUUUUCAUCCAACUAUAAAACAACAAUUGGAGCAGAUUUUUCAGUCAAAACCAUUCUAUGGGAUCCGUCAACACGAGUAAGAGUACAAUUAUGGGAUAUCGCAGGACAUGAAAGGUUCAAUUUUAUGACGAGGGCCUACUACAAACAUGCGUAA